AUGUCGAGUUCUAGUCUGAUGUGCUGCCGCAUAGCCAAUGGCUGCUGGGGCUUGGGAUUGGUUGAGGAAAAGAAUCAUCACUUCGAAAGUCAGGUUCUCUCCCAGGCUACCCCGUACACACUUCGGCGACUGGGUCAUGACCUCAAAGCCCCGCCGGCAAGGCAACGGUUCUUGGUCCAUUCCAAAGGACUGCGCCUCCGACUGCUGAACGAACAACUUGCAAUCGAGACGAAUACAUGGGACAAUAGCAAUCACGACAGUGCACUGUCCCCGCCACCGCACAUGCACCCACCUGAACUCUUCCCCUCGUCAGCUGCCGAGUUGCACCAUGAUCUCGUUUCAGCCGUCCAGUCCUCGCAACUCUCCACAAGUCUUACAGUAACAGCCACAUCUAUACUCUUCAGUAUAGCGACAGCAGCUGCUUCUCCUCCUCUUACCGUCAUAUCUUCGCCGACUCCAUCACCCUCUUCAAGCAUGUCCGAUGACAAUAGCAGUGGCGAAUGCAAACUACUAGGCCCUUUCGCUAUAUUGGUGCAGGGAGCGCUGGGCGCUUUGGCACUAUUAUCCCUGGUUUACAAGAGAUGGAGAGAAAGGCCACAGCGACCUCUCAAGGUCUGGUCUUUUGACGUGUCCAAACAAGUCGUCGGGUCGAUCCUACUCCAUCUAUUAAACCUCCUCAUGUCGCUUUUCUCCUCUGGCAAGAUAGGUGAGACUGUGGUGAAUGCAACAGCAAGUACACCCGGGUCUGAAACAAUUGCGGAAUACCAACCAAAUCCCUGCUCAUUUUACCUGCUCAAUCUGGCCAUUGACACGACUAUCGGGAUCCCCAUCCUGAUCGGCAUACUCAAGAUUUUGACGAUCGGUGCACGGUAUACACCUCUCGCGAAUCCUCCCGAAUCGAUCGAAUCCGGAAAUUAUAGCACACCCCCCAAGGCCUCCUGGUGGGCAAAGCAAUGCCUACUCUACUUUUUAGGAUUGAUAGGCAUGAAGAUUUGUGUAUUUAUUAUUUUUCAACUUUGCCCUUGGUUAGGACCCGUUGGAGACUGGGCACUUGGAUGGACAGAGGGCAACGAGGCUGUUCAGAUUGCAUUUGUCAUGUUCAUCUUUCCCUUGAUUAUGAACGCAGCCCAGUACUAUAUCAUCGACACAUUCAUCAAACAGAAGAAGGGACCACAAAAUGACAGCGAAGAAGAGAUAGAGCAUGAAAGAGGUGAAGAGCAUGGUUCUUUGUUGCCAGAUGCAGGAUCCGAUCAUGGCCACUCACUCGAUGAGGACGAGGUCUGCAAAGCCAAAAGUUUGGCCUCCAGCCAGCUCGAGAGGGUCAUCUCAUAUGACCCGGACAAGGACGGGCACGUGGUUGAGAACGAACGACCAGGCGAGAGCAGCAGCUUGACCGCUCACGCCGAGGAGGAAGGCUUGGAGGACCGGCCUCGGAUAUGA